CUCUCCGCCGGGCUCCUGGCCGCCUGCGCCGCCGCUUUCCUCUCCCCGGCCUGGCUGCUGCCGCCCGGGCGAGCCGCCGCCGGCUUCGGCUUGCUGUGGCGCUGCUCCGGGCCGCCCCGCGGCUGCCACGGCUCCGCCGGUCCCGGCGGCUUCGGAGACAUCCCCUCCGGCUCCUGGCAGACAAGUGCUGUGCUGUGCGCGGGCGGCUGUGCCCUGCUGGCCCUCAGCUCACUGCUGGCCAUCGUCGCCAUCCUGCUGCCCAGUGGAGCCUGCGAGAGGAAAGUCUGCACCCUGGCUGGCUACAUGCAGACAGCAGCAGUGUUCAUAAUGGCUUCUGGGCUUUUGGUUUACCCUUUUGGUUUCAACUCUGCUACUGUGAAGAGAUUCUGUGAGAAUUCAGACAUCUACUAUGCAGGAGACUGCCAGAUUGGAUGGGGGUAUAUGCUGGCAAUUGUGGGGGUCAUGUUGUCUGUCUUUUUACCAUUCUUUGCAAAAUAUGCACCAAAAGAGCACAUAUCUCCGACUCCAAUACCUACUAUUUUAUAGUAUUUUAUUACUGUUUAAGAACAGAACAUUCCUGUCUACAGGCAAUGGGCAGCAGUUAUUAUAGCACUUCCAUUUAGCUGUGUUGCUAAAGAGAAAAAAAAAAAAAGAAGAAGAAAAAAAAAAAGGAGAUGGGGAGAGAAGGUCAGAUUCACAAAGACCAAAAGUGCAUUGAUAGUCUUCCGUACACACAAGUAGCGAACGCUCUGGAAUUAAACUCCGGUGAAUCAGCAGCCCUUUGACUGCUCCGAACACACAGCGGCGUAAUGCCUUAGACAAAAACAAAUAUCUGUUUAUCCUCAGAACAUCUGUCUACCUCCCAAACUGUUUCUUUUGUGUCUCAAAACCUUAAGGCUUUUAAAAGCUUCAAUUCACUUUUUAUAUAUUAUUAAAUGUGAAAACUUUUAUGAACCCAAUAAUUUUAAAACCAAUAACAAUAUUUUGUCAUAAUUAUUUUGGUUAAUUAAAAAAAAAAAGCCUACUAGUAGCCAUGGCCUACAAUUAAGCCUGAUAACUAAAAGAACUGUAUACCAUUUUCUUUUUAAUCUGUAUGUACUAGUAGUACCUCCAUAUUGUCAGUUGUCAGGACACUUAUCAAUACUGAUCUAAUCCUCAAGAUUUACAGUCGUGUUCAUGAAGAUAACACAGAGAGAGAGAGAUGUAACUACUUCCAAAGGCUCAUGAUGAUGUAACAGUUUAAGAAUAGAAAAUACUUUUUUUUCCCCAUAUUUUUUCAGUUGUCAUUUUAAGUGGAAUUCUGCAAAGUGAUUUGAACUAUGACAACUGGAGAUUUUUUUGUUGCUGCUCUUUAAGGCAGUAAAGAACAACCUCUGUUUACAAAAGGUGUGUGCCAUAUGGCCCUUAUAUGUAAUGGCAAUUCAAGCCAGAAUUAACCAGAUUCUCAUAUAUCCAUUCCUAUUGAGAUUCUGCUAUUGUAAUGCAUACAUAUGUGACAUGUUACUGAACACAACUAAUAAGAGGAAUCACGUCCCACAUCAGAACCAGCACGUGGCCACAGUCCAUGGGCUCAUGUGUGAAAUGUAUCUAAUCCCCUCAGCAGCACUGGAUUCAUUACUAUCAAAGAUUGAAAUAAGUGCACUUGAUUCCUUAAGGAAGGGAAACAAUGGGUUCUAAUCUCCCCCCACUUAUGUGUUUCAUUUAAAAUAAUUUGAAUUCUAAUCUUAUAUUUUAUUUUCUAUUAUUUAUUAACAAACACAUAGAUUAUAUUUAAUUCAGAGCUGUACUUCUCAGCUUUGCAUUUUGGCACAACCUAAGUGAUCAAGUUUAUUAUUCUUCACUUAUCUGAGCCCAACUAAUCCCAGAAAUUAGUGGUGUUUUUAUGUUGAUUUUUUUUCCAUGGAAAGUGUACAUGCAGGAACAGACAGAGACAUGUUGAGGAUGUGUAAGAAAAUGCAAACAGAUAGAACAAUCACUGUGUAAUUUUAAUAUGUCAAAGACUAAUACAGUCUGGUUUACAUUCCUCACGCUUCUGAACUUCAAUGGAAUGCUGCAUUGUUUUCCAAAAUAAUGGUCUGUUGUUACAUUUUCAUGCACUCCAAAAGCAAAUUCUGCACAUGAACUAAUACAGAUUUCAUAGUAGAAUUAAGUCCAUUGAGGACUAGAGCUGAAAGGAGCAUUAUGUGUUUUUGCCCUCAGUGACUAAGGGACGACAUCUUCCGAAUAUUUAACAAAGUAGGUUGAAGGAAUGUCAAAAAUAAGCAGAACUGAUUUCUGUAUAGUUACAUGCUUUUCAGUAACAUCUUUUAAAUGAAUAGUUCAAAUCGAUAGUUUUUGUAUAAAAGUCAGAAAAGUGAGGAAUAACAACAAGUAAAAAGAAAAUCAUCACCACAAAGAAGAGAGAGACAGAGAUGCAGGCUUUUCUUUCCUAACCAACCUGUGCCUUUACUCUAGAACCAUUAGACAAGACAGGAUCAAUAUGGUUAAAAAGGAUCAACAACUGAAACGUGUAAUGUGAAUAAACUGUAUUAUGUAGGGUUUUUUCUGUUUUGUGUAAUGUUUGAGACUGUCAGUUAAUGUUCCACUAGAAAAGUGAUUUGUUAGUGUAAAAAAAAUUGCAAGGAUCUGAACACUGAAAGUAAAAAUAUUUUAAGUUUUUCUUAACACCCAUAACGUACCUGCUAAACACAAACAAUCCAUUCCUGUCAUUGCUUAUUAACUUAACUUGCACAUGUGCAGAACUGGAACCAUCAUUCAACCAACAUCACUUGGUCUGCAGCACUUGUGUGAUGUGAUCACGCACACACGCUUGCAGUUCUGGUGCCAUAGCUCAAGCCUCCUUUGUAAUUUGAACUUACUGUUUUAAUGGAGUUCUACAAUUUACAACACUGCUGUACCAGAUCUUUUACUUCUUCAAACUCAGCCUCUUUUGUUAUGAGCCCUGUCAAGCUCUAUUUCCUUCUAUGAAUUAAACCAAUGCCUCCAUUUGGAAAUUUUGUUAAUAUUUUAUCACGUAUUAAGGAAAUCAAGUGUGUGUCUGUAUGACCCCUGCAACGGGAUAGGCAAAACUUUCCUUUAAACAUCCGUGCUCAGAACCAGCUUAGCACAGAACACAGAAAUAAGGCAAGGGUUCUUACCACAGUUAGCAGAGCAUAUGCUUUAGCUCAUCAACUGACAGCUUUAGUAGGGUGUUGCUAACAAUACAUAUGCUAACACUGACAGAUCACUUUUUACAAUAAAGACUGUCUGCGAGUUGAA